CAAACUAAGUCAAAAUCGUGCGCAGGGACAGAUUAUAUAAUGAGCGCACGGUUUACGGACAACACGAUGUUAACGUACUCUCCGUGUACCGUCGCUACUGUUAAUGCAUUUUUGCGGAAACCUAAUGCCAGGUGCUUGUUCACGGAUGAAUACGUACAAUACCCUACGAAUGACACAGAACUUGAGAAACAAAGGACUGAUAAGUGUAAGAGGUACCUCCCUAGAAACGAAGCAAUCCUGGGCGUUGAGCCAUUCGGACUGUGUGCGUUUAUUUGCGUCUCUGGCCCCAAGUCUUCCUUUCGACUACUGGAACCGAACGGAACACCCUGCGACAAGACUGAUUCCUCAAAGAAAUGCCAGCAGGGAUAUUGCCGCUGAAACAGAUGAAGAAGCACUGCCUAUAACAGAAAAAAGUACAAUGAUUUGUAGAGUAACCAUUCCUCCUGCAUCAUAUGUAAUGUUCUUGCAGUUGUGUGUUACCGCUAAAACGUCUAGUCUAACG